GGUUCCACGGCAUUUUGUCCCCGAAGGCCAAAAGGACUUACUUUUUACGCUACGCGGCUGAACCCUCGACUCACUGCAACAUACAAUAAAAACCCUUCCUCUUGCGUCCUUCGCUGCUCUCUCUUGCUCACACAGAUCGACGUUUCGACGAAUAAAACAGAUUUUAUCCAAUCUGAAAGUCGAAGUGGUUUCUAAUUCCGGAUGUCCGUCGUCGAUAAGCUCUUAAGUUUCGGAACGGAAACAUCGUAAUCAAAUUGGGCAAGAGAGCUAAGACGAAGGAUGUUUGGUUCGACUAACCCUUUUGGGCAGUCAUCUAGUAGCCCAUUUGGGUCCCCAUCAGUCUUUGGGCAGAACAACAAUGCAAAUAACAAUCCUUUUGCUCCAAAACCCUUUGGUAGCCCAACCCCUUUUGGUUCACAAACUGGGGGUUCCUUAUUUGGGGGUACUUCAACAGGAGUGUUUGGCGCAGCCCCAUCUUCACCUUUCUCUUCGGCAACCACUUUCGGUGCUUCAUCAUCCCCGGCUUUUGGGAGCACAGUGCCUGCUUUUGGAGCAUCUUCUACUCCUGCUUUUGGUGGUUCGUCAUCUUCAUUUGGUGGAUCCUCUGUCUUUGGUCAGAAGGCUUCUUUUGGAGGGUUUGGAUCCACUUCUACUCCAGCAAGUCCCUUUGGAAGCACAAAUCAACAAUCACAACCAGCAUUUGGGAGUAGCAUAUUUGGUUCCUCCUCCCCAUUUGGUGCGACUAGUCAGUCUACGUUCGGUGCAAGUACCACCCCUGCUUUUGGUGCUACAAGCACUCCUGCAUUUGGUGCUACAAGUGCCCCUACAUUUGGUGCUACGAGCGCCCCUGCCUUUGGUGCUACAAGCACGCCUGCUUUUGGUGCUACAAGCACCCCAGCCUUUGGUACAACAACGAGCCCUGCAUUUGGUAGCACAGGGACUGCAUUUGGUGUGUCAAAUGCUCCUGUAUUUGGAUCUGGUGGAGCAUUUGGAGCAUCAAGCAGCCCUUUAUUUGGUUCCUCAAGCACUCCUAUGUUUGGUACCUCAAGCACUCCAGCGUUCGGCACCUCAAGCACUCCAGCAUUCGGCACCUCAAGCACUCCUGCGUUCGGCACGUCAAGCAAUCCUGCGUUUGGCACGUCAAGCAAUCCUGCUUUUGGGGGUUCAAGUACUCCCUCCUUCAGCUUUGGGUCCUCUCCAGGUUUUGGCCAAUCGGCUUCUACAUUUGGUAGCACCCCAUUUGGUACCACAACUACUCCUUUUGGAGCCCAGAGCUCUCCAUUUGGAGCCCAAUCCACAACACCAGCAUUUUCCAACACUGGCUUUGGGCAGGCAGCUUUUGGGACUCAACGUGGGGGAAGUAGAGUAGCUCCGUACACGCCAACAACUGAGGCUGAUAGUGGUACCCAGGCUGCUGGGAAGUUAGAGUCCAUAUCAGCCAUGCCUGUCUACAAAGAUAAAAGCCACGAGGAGCUGAGAUGGGAGGACUAUCAAUUGGGAGAUAAAGGUGGACCGCUUCCUGCCACUCAACCUGCUGGUGGGAUUGGAUUUAGUUCGACUCCUACAAAUUCAAAUAUUCUUGGUCCUUCUACAACAUUUGGCCAAUCAUCUGCGAGUCCUUUCUCUGCCUCAAUGACUUCCAACCCAUUCGCACCAAAAUCUCCUAGCAUUGGCGGUUUAAAUUUUGGAAGCUCAACCACUCCCACAUUCAGUUCUUCACCUUUCAGUGCAUCAACUUCAUCUGGCCUUUUUGGAUCAACAUCAUUACCAACAUCAUCUACGUUCGGUGUUGGCUCAUCCCCAUCACCUUUUGGUUCAUCUAUGCCCCUCUUCAGUUCUGGACCAUCUCAGGCAACAAAUACAGCAUUUGGUAGUAACACUCAGUCAUCUCCAUUAUUCCAAUCCUCUGCACCUUCAAUUGGGCAGACAGGCUCUGCUUUCGGACAGACAACUACUUCCUUUGGGCAGGGUAUGAGUUCCCCCUUCGGUCAAGGAAUGCUUGGUGCUUCUACCCCAGGAUUUGGUGUAAACACUUUCUCGAGCACCCCAUCGCUUAUUAAUUCAAGCAACACAUUAGGCUUUGGUCAAUCAAAUCCCUCUUUUUCAAUGCCUUUUCAACCAUCUCAGCCUGCUCAAACAAAUACCACUUUUGGCCUUGGCAAUUUUGGUACAACACAACCAGCUGGUGGAAGUCUCUUUGGUGGAACGCCAGGCAUUUUGGGUCAGAGUAACUUUGGACAAUUAUCUGCUACUCAGAGCUCUGCGGUUGCUCAACCAGUACCGGCUGUAAAUCCAUUUGGAACACUCCCUGCAAUGCCUCAAAUGUCAAUUGGUCGUGUUGGAACGGGACCAUCGAUUCAAUAUGGAAUUUCUGCCUUGCCUGUUGUUGAUAAACCUGCUCCUGUUAGAAUCUCAUCAUUACUGACCUCUCGACACCUGUCACAAAGACGGAUUAGGUUGCCUGCAAGGAAAUAUAAUGCUAAGAAUGAUGGUCCAAAGGUUCCCUUCUUUAGUGAUGAUGAAGAAACACCCAGCACACCAAAGGCAGAUGCUCUUUUCAUUCCUAGGGAAAACCCCAGAGCACUGGUCAUUCGUCCCAUGGAGCAGUCGCCUCUGAGAGCUAGUGCUGAGAAAGCAUCUCCAUUGAAGGAUAUAUCUACUCCAGUUCAUGAGAAUGGGAAAAUUUAUCGAGAAGCCCAUGUUCCUCCCCAAGGUGGCUCCAACUCUGUGGAUAAAGAUAAAAACCCCAUUGAAAAUGGCCAAGCCAGGGAAAGUGUUCAUGUUCUCAAAGUAAACCAGAAAGCAAAUGGAGUUCAUGAAGAUCAUUCUGUUCAAAAAGGAGAUUCUUACAUGACACUCAGUGGACAUAGAGCUGGUGAGGCUGCCAUUGUAUAUGAACAUGGGGCUGACAUUGAGGCACUAAUGCCAAAGCUCCGACGUUCUGAUUACUACACGGAGCCUCGAGUCCAAGAAUUAGCAGCCAAGGAAAGGGCUGAACCAGGGUUCUGCCGCCAUGUCAAGGACUUUGUGGUUGGGCGGCAUGGCUACGGCAGCAUCAAGUUCUUGGGUGAGACAGAUGUGCGGCGGCUUGAUCUUGAGGCUCUUGUUCAGUUUAAUAACCGUGAGGUGAUUGUUUACAUGGAUGACAGCAAGAAACCUCCUGUCGGACAAGGUCUAAAUAAGCCUGCUGAGGUAACACUUCUUAACAUAAAAUGCUUUGACAAGAAGACUGGAAAGCAGUAUACAGAAGGGCCAAAAAUUGAAAAAUACAAGGAGAUGCUGAAGCGCAAGGCUGAAGAUCAAGGUGCUGAGUUUGUGUCGUACGACCCUAUCAAAGGAGAGUGGAAGUUCAGAGUCAAUCACUUCUGAGUAAGAGCUGGGAGGUGAAAGAUGAUUUGGUCACGAGUGCUGCCCCAGUUUGCUGACAAGGGAAUGCCAACAUUCAUGCGUUAACGUAUUUUAUAUUGGUAGUAGACGUGUGUGAUGCAUUUUGAGUUUUGUUCUGAAUGAUGAUUGAUAUAUUUUUCUUCUUUUGUACAGACUUUGUCAAAUUGUGGUAUAUAAAUUUGAGCCAUUGCACCGUGUCA